GGAAAAGCAGCUGCUUUUGCCCAACGGGCGGAAGCCGGAAGGAAGAAGACCAGAAUAAAAAAGCGGCGUGGUGGUGGCCAGUAGGCAGGCAGAGACAGUGGCCUCCUUCCUCACGGUCGGACCGGGAUCACGCUAGCAGCAGCACCGAAGCAGCCUCCCCCAUCAGCGAAGAGAGAGAAGCUGCAGCCGCAGCGAAGCAGCGCAACCGCAGCUGACCGGCGCCCCCCACAUGGCCGCCGUGCCCGGUGGUGGGCCCCACCUCGCCGCAGCCGCCGCCGACGCGAUGGAGGUCGACCCGCCGCGCGUCUCCACCGACGAGAAGCAUGGCGCCAAUAUUAUGGGAGGAAGUGAUGCAGUUACAGGCCAUAUAAUUUCAACCACGAUUGGGGGAAAGAACGAUGAACCAAAAAGGACCAUUAGCUAUAUGGCUGAGCGAGUUGUUGGAACUGGAUCAUUUGGGGUUGUCUUCCAGGCAAAAUGCCUUGAGACUGGUGAAACUGUUGCCAUUAAGAAGGUUCUACAGGACAAACGAUACAAGAAUAGGGAGUUGCAGAUAAUGCGCUCGAUUGAUCAUUGCAAUGUCAUUUCCCUGAAGCACUGUUUCUUCUCUACCACAAGCAGAGAUGAACUUUUCCUUAAUUUAGUCAUGGAGUUUGUUCCAGAGUCACUUUAUCGUGUCCUGAAACACUACAAAGAUAUGAAGCAGAGGAUGCCACCUAUAUAUGUUAAGCUGUACAUGUAUCAGAUAUUCCGGGGAUUAGCUUAUAUUCAUAAUGUACCAGGUGUUUGUCACCGAGAUAUUAAGCCUCAGAAUAUUUUGGUGGAUCCUCUUUCCCACCAAGUCAAGGUCUGUGACUUUGGGAGUGCUAAAGCCUUGGUUAAAGGUGAAGCAAAUAUAUCGUAUAUAUGCUCACGUUACUAUCGUGCUCCUGAGCUCAUAUUUGGUGCAACUGAAUACACAACAUCUAUUGAUAUAUGGUCUGCUGGAUGUGUUCUUGCUGAGCUUCUUCUUGGUCAACCUCUGUUUCCUGGGGAAAGUGCUGUGGAUCAGCUUGUUGAGAUUAUCAAGGUUUUGGGUACUCCAACUCGAGAGGAAAUCCGGUGUAUGAAUCCCAAUUACACAGAAUUCAAGUUUCCUCAGAUAAAAGCGUGUCCAUGGCACAAGAUCUUCCACAAGCGAAUGCCUCCAGAAGCAAUAGAUCUUGUGUCCCGCCUUCUUCAGUAUUCACCAAAUCUGCGAUGUAGUGCUCUUGAGGCAUGUGCCCAUUCGUUCUUUGACGAGUUACGAGAACCACAUGCAAGACUGCCAAAUGGCCGCCCAUUUCCUCCACUGUUCAACUUUAAACAGGAACUAGUAAAUGCACCGCCGGAGCUUAUCAGCAGGCUGUUACCGGAACAUGCUCAACGGCAUUCAGGAUUUAGUUCUUUAUUUGGCAGCAGAACAUAGGAAGGAUGUAUGGAAACAUGUCACUUUUAUGCUUGGCUGCUGGUACACUGCCAAAGGGCAAUCUGCAUUUCUCACAUUUAAGUUUUAGAACCUGACCAUCUUGUUGAAAUGUUGAGCUAGCCAUAAAAAUCUAAUAUUGAAACCCGAUAAGGCCGAUGUGUCCAUGUUCUGCUAAGAACAGCACAUAUUGCUGGAGGGAAUGGUUGGUGCAUUAUUAAGCAGGGAGGGUAACUUAAUAUCAACUUAUGUUAUUUCCAUGUUUCAUGUCUGUAGCACACCUGUACCUGUUUACCCUGUACUAUUUGCAACUGAUGUAAUCGUAUUAAUGUUUCUUGACCCAAAUUCAUGUUAUACUGAUGGUCAAUUCAUGCA